GCAGACCGGCGAGGCCCGGUCCUCCUAGCUAGACUAGCGCCCGGGGAGAGGAGCUCCCCGGUUGCUGGGGCUGUAGUGCGUGCCCGGCAGAUGCCUGCGGCUCUUUGAAUGGCCACGUGGCACCUGCUGUAGGUGUCGUGAAUGACCGACGAUGCGUGGACAAGGGUUGCGCCAGCCGUGGAAACGAUGAGCACACGAAUAGGGGCACACUUUUCCGGGUUAGAGAGGGGGUUGGUGGGGGAGAUACAUCAUAGAGAUACGUCUUUUGACAUGGUUGAUGACGUCUGGAUCAGAGAGGAUGAUGGCCAAGAUGAGGUGGAUGUGAUCAAUUACUUUGCACUUAGCGCCGUCUACGUGGAUGGGGGAAGCGAAGUGGAUGAGCAGGUGGAAGAAGACGUCAUCAACUUUAACACUGAUGAGGACGGCGACAUGCCUUUUUACACGGACGAUGGCGUCGGCCAGCGAGAGGUUGAUGGGCAAGAUGAGGGCGAUGUGGCCAAAUACUAUGCACAUCUUACCGCGGUCUACUUUGACACUGAUGAGGAUGGCGACACGCCUUUAUACACGGAUGUUGACAUCGGCCAACGAGAGGUUGAUGGGCAAGAUGAGGGCGAUGUGGCCAAAUACUAUGCGCAUCUUACCGCGGUCUACGAGGAUGGGGGAAGCGGGGAGGAUGAGCAGCGAGAGGUUGAUGGGCAGAAUGAGGGCGAUGUGGCCAAACACUUUGCACAUCUUACCGUGGUCUACAAGGAUGGGGGAUUGCAGGAUGAUGAAGACAUCGUGCUGCAGGGGGAUGGUGACCAGCCAGAGGUGGGGGAGGAGGAGCAGGGGUCUAUGGUAGAAGCGGGGGUUAACGUGGAUAAGGAACAGAGAAUGGAGGAGUGGGAGGUUGCGCAGGAGAUCAUGGCAGAGGCGGUGGCUGCCGUGGAGGACAGGCAGGUGAUGGGCGAGACCGGUGACAACAGUGGGAGGGCUGACGACACUAAUGACAAAAAAAACAACAACAUCAUGAUGGUGAUCACGGCAGGGGUGAUGGUUGUAGUGGAUGAGAGGCAGGUAAUGGGUGAGAUUGGAGUUCUCAACAGAGUCGAACCAAUCUUGGGUGUGUAAGCCGACAAGAAAACCGUUUCAUGCUUGGGGCCUA